AUGGCACAAACCAACAUCGCGCCUGCUGCGCCUGCCAAGAAUGACUCCAAGCCUGUCAAUCAAUCAAACACGGGCAAGAAACGCGGUCGCGUCGAGGAGCCACAGGACUUUGAUGAUUCUAACUUCCUCGAGGCCGUCGAGGACAUGCCCAUCGACAAGAACCCCGACCAAGUGCGCCGCAUGAUCCAUCGUCUCAUCGACAAUGGCGGCAUGAAGUAUGCAUGGGCCUACUUCAAGUACCGCGAAAUGAACGGCAUCAAGCUCCCCACGGCCAACAGUGGUAGCAAGAAGCAGAAGACGGACGGCGCCGACGAGUCGGGCUCUAAGGAUGCAUCCAAGGACACGGCCACUGGGGCGGCUGACCUGGCCGACAUUCACCUUCCAGGCGAGGAGGAUGCAGUUAAGGUGUAUGACACGUGUGACGAGGUCAGAAAAAAGAUCACUGCCUACGUGAAGAAACCUGGCGUCACGCAGGCGCAAUUCUGCCGCGAUCUGUCGGCCAUGUAUACCAAGCCCACCAAGAUCACCGCUCCGCAACUCGCCAACUUCCGCGGAAAGAAGGGCGCCAACGCUGGUAACACGACCGUAACCUUCUACGCCGCUUACUGCUUCUUCGAGAAGCUGAGGCUGAAGGAGGGCAAGCCGAAGUCGAAGUUUAGGCUGGAGAUGGAGGACAUCUGGGUCAAGCGCGGUGGCUUCGAUCUCAAGUUCAGACAUGACCGUGGCUAUCUUUGCACCGCAAAUGUGCGGCCUUCGGAGGACAAGUAUGGCCAGAUCCAUUUUCUCUAA